AUGGCACAGCUAGCGGAAACAUAUGCGUGCGCCCCCUCAACGGAACGGGGCAGGGGGAUCCUAAUCUCGGGCGACCAGAAAUCCAAUUCCAUCCUCUAUUGCAACGGCCGAUCCGUAGUUAUCCGGUACCUGGACCGGCCGUUGGAAGUCAAGGUGUACGGCGAGCACGCGUACCCUGCCACCGUCGCCCGAUACUCUCCGAACGGCGAGUGGAUUGCUUCCGCUGACGUGUCUGGCACUGUCCGGAUCUGGGGGACCCACAAUGAUUUUGUAUUGAAGAAGGAGUUCCGUGUCCUCUCGGGUCGGAUCGAUGAUCUUCAGUGGUCACCCGAUGGACAGCGCAUUGUCGCCUCAGGUGAUGGCAAGGGCAAGUCAUUGGUUCGCGCUUUCAUGUGGGACUCAGGAACUAAUGUUGGAGAAUUUGAUGGGCAUUCAAGAAGAGUUCUAAGUUGUGCAUUUAAGCCGACGAGGCCGUUUCGCAUUGUAACAUGUGGAGAGGACUUUUUAGUUAAUUUUUAUGAAGGACCUCCAUUUAAGUUCAAGCUAUCUCACAGGGACCAUUUGAAUUUCGUCAAUUGUGUUAGGUUUUCUCCAGAUGGCAGCAAAUUUAUUACUGUUAGCUCUGACAAAAAGGGUUUAAUAUAUGAUGCGAAGACUGGAGAAAAAAUUGGAGAACUAUCUUCUGAGGAUGGGCACAAAGGCAGCAUAUAUGCUGUUAGUUGGAGUUCUGAUAGCAAACAGGUGCUCACGGUGUCUGCUGACAAGUCUGCCAAAAUAUGGGAGAUAUCUGACGAUUGUAAUGGAAAGGUGAAGAAAACAUUAACUUGUCCUGGUUCUGGUGGAGUUGAUGACAUGUUAGUUGGUUGUCUCUGGCAAAAUGAUUAUCUCGUCGCUGUUUCUCUCGGUGGAACUAUUUUUUUAUACUCAGCAAAGGAUCUUGACAAAGAGCCCCUGGCAUUGUCUGGACAUAUGAAGAAUGUUAAUUCAUUAGCCGUCCUGAAAAGUGAUCCAAAAGUCAUAUUAACAAGCAGUUAUGAUGGUUUAAUAGUUAAAUGGAUUCAAGGUAUUGGAUAUUGUGGAAGGUUAGAGAGGAAGGUGAACUCUCAAAUUAAAUGUUUUACAGCUGUUGAACAAGAAAUUGUUUCAUCUGGAUUUGACAAUAAGAUUUGGAGAGUUUCUCUACGUGGAGACCAAUGUGGAGAUGCAGAUUGCAUUGAUAUUGGCAGUCAACCAAAGGAUUUGGGCCUUGCCAUUCUUUCCCCUGAUCUUGCCUUGGUUUCAAUUGAAACCGGAGUUGUCCUCCUUCGUGGUGCAAAAGUCUUGUCUACGACUAAUCUUGGAUUCCCUGUAACAGCAUGUACCAUUGCACCUGAUGGAACAGAGGCAAUUGUGGGCGGUCAAGAUGGGAAGUUGCAUGUAUAUUCCAUCGCAGGUGAUACUCUGAAAGAAGAGGCAGUAAUUGAAAAACAUCGGGGGGCUAUCACUGUCAUUCGCUACUCUCCAGAUGUUUCCAUGUUUGCAUCAGCAGAUGCUAAUCGAGAAGCUGUUGUCUGGGACCGUGCUUCCCGUGAGGUAAAGCUUAACAAUAUGUUAUACCACACAGCGAGAAUAAACUGCUUGGCUUGGUCACCUGCUAACGACAUGGUGGCCACAGGAUCCCUUGACACAUGCAUUAUUAUAUAUGAAAUAAACAAGUCAGCAUCAAGUCGAAUAACUGUCAAGGGAGCUCAUUUGGGUGGAGUCUAUGGAUUGGAAUUUACUGAUGAUUACAGUGUGGUGAGUUCGGGUGAGGAUGCUUUUGUACGAUUAUGGAGAAUAAUGCCACAAUAA